AUGGUUCUAUGUGGUUUAUUUGGUAAAAAGGAUAAACAUUCCAAUCAAGUUUCCGUAAAGAAGGCUUCUUCAUCAAAUACUAAUAAUUCAAAGCCUUCAUCUCCUCCGAGUAGUAGUAUUCUCGAUAGAGAACCCAUCCGAACACAAAUAAUGACUCUAGUAAUUAUACAAUUCGGUAAUAUUCAUGAGAUUCCCGAUGACUUUGUUGAGUAUAUUACAAGUAAACUUUUUGAAAAGAUUAGAAAGCUUGGAGAGGAAGAUGAGGGACAAGUCUCAAUAUCAUCAAUUCCUCAAUUGUAUUGUCAGAUAAUGUAUAAACAUCAGAGAAUGAAUAAUAUUAUGAAGAAUGCUUUGAAAAUUAAGGCAGAGAUUGAGGCCAUUUCCUUUUUGAGUGAAAGACAAGGUGAAGGUGUGCCAAGAAUUGUUUUUAAAAUAUCAAUAGCGAGUGGAAAGAAUAGUUGUGGAAAUAUUGGAAUACCAAAUGUUCCAACAUCGAUAUUUGGAUCAGUGUCAGUGAGAGGAAUUAAAUUGUUGGAUUUGGCAACCAUUUUAGAUAUGGGUUUGGUGUGUGAUUUUAAUUCAAUGGUUGCAUUGUAUCAGGAAUCGAAUGCCUUCUUGGAUAAUUUCUUAUAUACAGUGGUUCAGAGGUUUCAAUUUUCUAACGGGGAUAUUCAAUGUGCUUUUCAAAUACUUUCAGAAUCAACUGUUUCACAACUCGAUCAAUGGAGAUAUGGCUCAAAUGAGGAAAGAAAUCAGUACAUUAACUUCCUCUCUGAAAUUAAUCUCUACUUUCAUGGCGUCUUGUCUGGAUUAUCAAAGGAAAAUUCAAUUGACCAAACUGAAUAUAUCAACAUUUCCAAAAUCCUCACUAAAGGAAGGACGCCACCUUCCUCCACUCGUUCCCUACAAGAAUUGAAAGAUUAUCAAUUGGGUGGCGAGCCAAUCCCAUGGAAACUCAGACUAUUACAAACCUUCUCAGAGAAUGACAAAUCCCAACAAGCCAAACUUUUUCACAUCAAUCCUUCUCUCAACUAG